AUGGAUAGCCUAAAUUGUUUAACACAAGAAUUUCAAUUCAAAUAUCAAACAUCUUCUGAUGAAUCCGUAUUUCAACAUUCAAUCCGACUUCCAUUGGAUACGCAUGUAACUCCACGUGAAUAUGGAUUCCUUUUAAUGAAACAAUAUAAUGUUCCCGAAUACUUUGAAGAUGAUCUUAUGGAAAAAUUGCAAUCAUUCAUCGAUGAAAAUAUUGAUAAGAUUCAAUGUAAUCACAUUGAACAUGUGUUACAAAAUCAGCAAAAACUUGCCAGUAAAUCACUUCAGUUUAUUGAAAAGCUAAAAAUCUGUCCAACAUUGCCUGAUUCGAAAUUACAAAAUCAGAAUCUACAAAAACCAAAAGACAAUAUUUCCGAAGAAAAGUUCUAUCUGAUGUAUCAUAAGAUCAUCCAUUCAGGUAAAUUAACACAACAGCUGAUUCAAUUAGAAAAUCAUAAUUCCGAUGUUAUCAGAUCUUUGAUAAAUCAAAAAGAGGAAUUUCUUCGAGGUUUAUCCCAGGAACAAAAUAAAAAAAUCGAAGAUAUUCUUCUCAGUGGCAAAUACAGUGAAAAAGAGAUAAACAUGCUGACAAAGAGAAAUAUUUCAUUAGCUGAAAAAACUCGUAACGAAUGGUUAGAAAAAAUUCGUAAUGUUCGUUGUGAUCAGAAACGAGAAUUUUAUACCUGGAUCAAAAACACAUACGAAGAUCUUAUGAAAGAUUCCUGUAAACAUGCCAAGUCAAAUUCGCUUGAUCUGAAACAUGAUUCUACAUCUAAUGUAUUGACUGAAGAUAAAGAAAAUUCAUUCUCAGAUUUUGUCGAUAUUUCCGAUGAACUUGAAAUGCAAGAAAGCUAUACAAUUAAUCUUGGAUCACAACUAAAAACUACACACAAUUUGCGAUUAAUCGCAGCCAAUAUGCUCAAAUUUUGUAGCAACGUUUCGACACCUCAUCGAAUUCAGACUGCCAUGUCAUUAUAUUCAAAUUCAUUAUCUGCAGUUGUUUUGUUGGCUGAUGAAUCAUUGACAAGUUCUGUAACGACCAAAUCCGAUUUUGCUAAAAUGAUUAUGAACACUUCGGAGAAUCAUUUUCCUGGAUUGGAUUCUCAAUUUGAUUUGAUCAAAGCCGAUUUAAAUCGUUUAAAACCAGUAAAUGAACAGAAACAAAAGAAUGGGCAAAAUUAUCGUCUUAAAACGGGUGAUGUUUAUAUCACUCGUCAUUCGAACCUUUCGGAAGCACAUGUAGUUUUUCAUAUUGUCACCGAUGAUUCGAUACGUCAUUCCGAAAUAAAUUCUCGUCAUCCUGUCAUUUUAGGUUUACGUAACAUUUUGAAAAUUGCCUACAUUUAUGACAUUGCUAACAUUUAUCUACCAUUGUUGCUAUUGGAUCAAAUGUAUGAAGAUAUCACUAUUCAAUGGUGUUUGAAACGUGCUGAAUUAAUAUUAAAAUGUGUAAAAGGAUUCAUGAUUGAAAUGUCAUCAUUACUAUCGAUUAGUGAUAGUGAAAACAAAACCAUUCAAUUUGUUGUACCGAAAGGAAUAUCGCAAGAACUUUUUACAGCUUUAUCAUCAAUUUUUCCAACGGUAUUUCGUUUAUCAAAUCCAUUGUUUCUGACUAAAAAUGAUAUCUAAAAUGAUUAUUUUUUAUUAUUAUUAUUAUUACUGUAUCACUGGUGAUUAAUAAAGUUUAAACAAUAAAAACAUAAUUCAUUCA